GCGCAUACCCAAACACACACCAAAAUCCAUCGCUUUGUUUUGCCCAGCUUUAUGGUGGUGGUAGCCUACCAUUAGGAAUUUGGAGCGGUGAGAGGAGGGGCGUUUGUGUAUGUGUGAAGGAGCAGUCGGUCUCCUCCCCUCGUCUCCCCCCGCCCUCUCGCGCCCCCCAUGCCUUUGUGUGCGCGAGGCUCUAUGUGAGCAGCGGUUCUUCAAGUGAGAUAUCGGUUCGUUUCUGAGCGCUGUUGAGUUUGUGUGGGCUGUUCGAACAUAGCGUGGCUGACUGGGACUGGGGUGAACCGGUAAAAGGCACGUGAAACGUCGGAGUUUAUUCACACACGCGCGAUCAGAAGGGAAAAUAACGGAGAAAUAUCGAAUAUAGGACUUUUCCCUUUCGUCUUACCCAUCUAUCAUUCUCCCUUUAUCAUUCUCUCGUCCUCUCUAUCCGUGGAGAAUCUAACCAACCUGAUGUGUGUGGAUGUGUGUUUUGGGGGCGUAAAUCAAUUGGCAGCACGUGAAGAUGGAUUAACGUUUGAACGGAAAACUGGAGCAGCACGCUAGACCUCGGCGAGGGGGGAGGGCAAGACGGGCCUCUGCUAACACACACAACCCGCGGGACAGAGACUCUGAUUGGACCAACACCAGGAUGAUGUCGUCACCAAAAGCCAAGACUAAAAAGAAACCUCCCAAAGACAGCAUGACACUUCUACCAUGCUUCUACUUCAUAGAGCUCCCCAUCGUCCUCUCCUCCCUAGUCUCUCUCUACUUCAUGGAGUUGACAGACCUGUUGUCCCCGGCGACCCCUGGGUUCCAUUGCUAUGACCGUGACCUGUCGUUGCCCUACCUGGAGACAGGAGAUGAACUGUUCCCUCUGCUGAUGUUACUGAGCCUGGCCUUCGCAGGACCGGCUGCCUCGAUCAUGCUGGGUGAAGGGCUGGUGUAUUGUUACCAGUCCAGAGUCAAACAGAGUAAAGCUGAUGGAUCCAUCAUCGCUGGAGGGUGUAACUUCAACUCCUUCCUACGGAGGACUGUUCGCUUUGUUGGUGUUCAUGUGUUUGGUCUCCUGGCAACAGCCCUAAUGACAGACAUCAUCCAGUUGGCUACUGGUUAUCCCACCCCUUUCUUCCUGACUGUCUGUCAGCCCAAUUACACGCUGCCUGGGAUAUCAUGUGACCAGAACAAUUACAUCACACAGGACAUCUGCUCUGGGAAAGAUAUUUAUGCCAUCCUGUCAGCCAGGAAAACAUUUCCGUCCCAGCAUGCAACGCUUUCUGGCUUUGCUGCUGUCUACAUCUCUAUGUAUUUGAACAGUGUGAUCAGCAGCAGUACUAAGCUGGUGAAGCCGGUGCUGGUGUUUGGAUACUGUCUGGCUGCAGGCAUAGCCGGACUGACUCAGAUCACACAACACCGCUGCCAUCCCAGAGACGUCUAUGUUGGCUACGCCAUGGGAGCUGGCAUAGGAGUCUACCUGUCUCUGUAUGCAGUAGGUAACUUCAGGUCAUCCGAGGAGGACUGCCUCCCCCAGCCUGUCCGGAGGGCUGCCUCCCCCCCCCAGCAGCAGAGGGAGGUGGUGGUGAGGGGAAGAGCCCAGAGAGGUCAUGUUUCUCAGCACAGCUCUCUGUACCGCAGUAAGACCCCCAGACCAUCAGACAGCAGGGAGGAACUGGGGACUGGACGCUGCAAGGUUCGUAGGGAGAAGGCCAGCGUAGCAUCUCUGAAGAGGGCCAGUGCUGACGUGGAGCUCCUGGCACCCCGCGGCCCCAUGGGAAAGGAAACCAUGGUAACAUUCAGCAAUACCUUACCCCGCGUCGCCAACGGCAGCAGCAGCAUCACGCCCCCCGGAGACGACCCCUCCAACCAGCGUCACAUGACCUUCCACCUGUCCUUCGACCCCCGCAGGUCACAACCAAGGCUGCGACCGCCGCUGGUGCAGGAGUGGAGACAGCAGCGCUCUACGGAGAGACGGAGCGAGGAGGAGGGAGAGACGGACACAUCUGGCGGAGGAGAGGGAGGAGCAGGAGGGGGUGAGGCAGGGGAGACAGGGGUGAUGAAUCCUCCCUCCCUCUAUCCGACGGUACAGUCGGCCAUUAGAGCCGUUGCCACGGCUACCCCAGCGCCAGCCCCACUGGUGCAUGUCCCUAAGGAGGGGAUUAGACACCCCCCGACUGUCUCCCCUCUACCUCCUACGGUCUCCCCUUUGCCUCCUUCUGUCUCCUCUCUUCCUCCCCCCGUCUCCCCUAAGAGCGCGGUGACGCGUGCCAGGUUGAUGUCACUUAACCAGGGAGGGGAACGAGCCAGGGAGGGGCCUAUCCCUGUGACGACUCCGCGUGUGCCCACCCAGCCGCACAAUCAGCCGCGAGUGGCGCAGGUCAUUGCCAUGUCCAAGCAGCAUGGGCCAAUCAGCUCCUCUGCCAAGGGCUCUGACUCCGCCUCUUCCUGUGGAGGAGGAUCUUCAACAGGAAGCUCUGAGUCUCCGUACUACCGGGUCCCCUCUGACCAUGACAGCCACACCGGGAGUGUUACCGGGAGUAUUGUCACCAUAGACGCUCACGCCCCUCAUCACCCUGUGGUCAGGGUGUCUAGCAGUGCCAGUACCAGGAGUAACGGGACUCCGGGUGCCAGAGUAACAGCUGCCGGUAACGGGUCCCCCUGGGAGCGGAGGAACACCACCAGCGGGAGCCUGGGGAGCGUCGGUGAGCAGGGCCAGAGGGGGGCGCUGCAGCGCCAGGAGAAAGUCUCCGCACCGGAAUAUCGGGAAUACCGAACACUUCCUAUGAAAUCAGACUCUAUCUGCUCCUCCUCUCCCAGCCAGACGGAUCCCUCCACCCUGCCUCCCCCUCCUCACCCCAUCUCCUCUCCACUCCCUCCCUUCUCUUCCUCCCCCCUGCCUCCCCCUCCUCAGCCCAUCUCCUCUCCACUCCCUCCCUUCUCUUUCUCCCCUCUGCCUCCCGCUCCUCAGCCCAUCCCCUCCCCCCUUCCUCCCCCUUCUCCACCCUUCUACUCACCCCUCCCUCCCCCUCCUCCCCCCUUCUACUCCCCCCUCCCUCCACCUCCUCAUCCAGAUCUGCUGUUGGACAGUUACUCCCCCCCCCUCCCCCGCUCUAUGACUCUCCCCCGUCGACCCACUGUCUCAGCCCACAGCCGCGCUGAUCAAGAAGUCUAUUACAAGACCAUGCAGACAGAGAGGAGAUUAUAACACGACAUAAAGGUGUUAUAAUAGACAGUAACUCUAAUAAAAUCAGACUAUGAGGUUAGAAGAGAACAUAGGGGAACUUAUAGAGCGCGAGGUUAUAAGACGACAUAGAGCAGUUAAUAUAGACGGUAGUACCACUACAUAACCAUACAGUCAGGGGAUGUAAUUAAAUGUGACACCGUUUGGGGAGCCCUAACAGUCAGGGGAUGUAAUUAAAUGUGACACAUUUUGGGGAGACCUAACAGUCAGGGGAAGUUAUUAAAUGUGACACCGUUUGGGGAGACCUAACAGUCAGGGGAAGUUAUUAAAUGUGACACCGUUUGGGGAGCCCUAACAGUCAGGGGAAGUUAUUAAAUGUUACACCGUUUGGGGAGCCCUAACAGUCAGGGGAAGUUAUUAAAUGUGACACCGUUUGGGGAGACCUAACAGUCAGGAGAACUACUACAUGACUUAAAUGAGUGAGAGGAGGUUAUGAGACGACUUAGGAGUUAAAAUGUAAUAUAAUGGAGGUUAUAACUUGGCGUAGAGAAGUCACAAUAACCAAGAAUACUACUUCACCACUGAGAAAGGGUCCAGAUGGAAACAGACAAAUAGCUGUUCUACAAGACACUGCAGAGCAGGAGGACAUGAGAUGACUUAAAGGAGUUAAGAUGUGACAUAACAGCAGAACUACAAGACACUGCAGAGCAGGAGAAGGACAUGCGAUGACUUAAAGGAGUUAAGAUGUGACAUAACAGCAGAACUACAAGACACUGCAGAGCAGGAGAAGGACAUGAGAUGACUUAAAGGAGUUAAGAUGUGACAUAACAGCAGAACUACAAGACACUGCAGAGCAGGAGAAGGACAUGCGAUGACUUAAAGGAGUUAAGAUGUGACAUAACAGCAGAACUACAAGACACUGCAGAGCAGGAGAAGGACAUGAGAUGACUUAAAGGAGUUAAGAUGUGACAUAACAGCAGAACUACAAGACACUGCAGAGCAGGAGAAGGACAUGAGAUGACUUAAAGGAGUUAAGAUGUGACAUAACAGAAAAACCUACAAGACACUGCAGAGUAAGACUUGGGAGGACUGUUAAGUCAAGGUCUAACAGUAGUGGAGGUUACAACGCGACAUAGAACACUGCUAAGUCUAACAGUGGAGGUGGAGCGUGUCUGACCGAAGGUCUUCAGGAGCAUGGAGACUGGAUCACUAAAGACAACAGAAACAAUAGCAGCUCUAGUAGUUGGUUUACCACCGACUACUAUCUGACUAGAAUACAACUAUACUGACUAUACUCACCAGCUGUACUAUUCUAUACUGUAUAUAGCAUCUCUCUCAGGUUUCCAUUCCACUGACUUACUGUAGAGACGAAGAAGAGGAGGGGAAAAGGAGGAAGGAAAGUGAACAUCUUGGAGAGGAUUACUACAGUAAACAAAGAGGGGGAGACAAAGACUGGAGGGGACAAUUGGCUUAACAAUGUGAACAGAUCCACACACACACACACAGACACACAGACACACACACACACACACAUAGCCGCGGGAAGUAGUUUGGUGGUGGGGGUCUGCGCUCUAGACCGCUAACACAGUGCACUACUUUUAGGAAAAUUGAAAAUGAAGGAUUUUAGAUUUGAUUUUUAAUGAAGAUUUUUUCAGGGGCUGUAGCACCCCUACUACCCGUGGCUACACACACACACACACACACACACACACACACACACACACACACACACACACACACACACACACACACACACACACACACACACACACACACACAGACUCAACCAACCACCUCCAAUCGUAUAAAAUUACAUGCAAUAAUAUCAAUUAUUUUUACGCUCAUUUGUUGCUAAUCAAAUCCCCACAGAAAAUACAAUAAGAUACAUGGUGACUAAAGACUGUAUAGACUUGUGGGUGUGGUCUGUGUGCAUCGGUUGCCUAGUAGCAGAAUGACUUGUUCUGUAGUGGAUAUCCUCUUUUGAUAAUAGAACUGUUGAGUACUGGUGUUAGUCUGCAUGUGUAUGUAUGUGUGUGAGAGUGUGUCUGUCUUGCAUGUGUGUUUAUGUGUGUGAAUGAGUGUAUUCUCCUUCAUUGUGUUUCUAUGAACGUGCAUUAUGACUUCUAAGAAACAGAAAUGCUGCAUUUUCCAGAGAUGUCCUUUAUUUACCCUCUUGUUUUUAUUACCAAUGUAAAUACUAAUAUUAUAUUACUGUCCUUUUUCAUGGGCUACUGUUUUUUUAAAACUUGUGUUUCCAGGUAAUGGUUAUAAAGUCCUUGACUAAGAAAACA